AUGACAUUUGCUGGCUAUCUUGACACUACCAUUCUGUUCCUAUUGCGUUUCAAAGAAGAUUUUGCAGUGCCACCAGUCAAAAGCAUCCGGAAAGAAAAAUUAAGACACCAUCAUGCACUUGAGCUCGUCAAAUUCCUCUGCAAGGAAGUCGCAAAAUCAAAGCUCUCAAAAGCGGAAAGGAUAUUUAAACCAGCAUUGCGCAAAGCAGCACGUGUUGGGAUACCUGAAAUUAUUGAAGAGAUUGUAUUGUCGUACCCUUUGGCAUUGUCUUUUAUCAAUCUAGACAACGUAAACAUCAUCAAAUAUGCAAUUCUAUAUCGCCGUGAACGUGUGUUCAAUCUCAUCUAUCAACUUGGCUGGAAAUAUAUAUACGGAGUGGACAAUUUGUUGAACAACGCUCUGCAUUUGGCUGCACAUCUGAGACGUGAGCAACAAAUCAAUCUCAAAGACAGUGCCGCUGGUGCAGUUCUGCAGAUGCAGCGAGAAAUGCAAUGGUUUAAGGAAGUAGAAAAAUUUACAGUACCUAAUGACAGAGAAAGAAGGAAUGGUGAUGGAAUGACACCUACAGAAAUAUUUUCUGACACGCACCAAGAUUUGUUGAAAGAGGGUGAGCGAUGGAUGAAAGAUACAGCCACAUCAUGCACCAUAGUUGCUGCCCUUAUUGCCACUAUGGUUUUUGCAGCUGCCAUUACAGUACCAGGUGGGAACGAUAGUGUUAAAGGCCAUCCGUUACUUUUGAAUCAAAAAGCCUUCGUUAUUUUUGGCAUAUCUGACGCACUAGCUCUAUUCUCAUCCAUCACUUCUGUGUUAAUGUUCUUGCUUAUCCUGACUUCUCGAUACGCAGAGGAAGAUUUCCUGAAUACCUUACCCAAAAGGAUAAUUAUUGGUCUCAUAACCCUAUUUGUCUCCAUCUUAUCCAUGAUGGUAGCCUUUGGUGCUAUAUUAUAUCUCGUGUUUGGAAAUAAUAAGGCAUGGAAUCUUAUCCCUGUUGUUGCACUGGCUAUUAUUCCUGUCACCUUGUUCGGAGUUUUGCAGUUUCCUCUCCUUGUAGAGAUGAUCCAAUCCACAUAUGGUCGAGGCAUUUUUGGCAAACAAAGUGAUCUGAGUAGGUAUCUUUGUUUGCUUAUUAUCUACUGCUACUGGAUUUAUAUGUACAACUUUCAGUCCUUACCACCUGGGAUUGAAAAUGCUGUUUUGGAUGGGCUAUUUUUGGCUGUUGUGGAUGGCUCUGGCCUUGCUUGCUGGGGAUGGACUGUUGGUGCUCUAAAUCUCUACCUCUAUUCCUGA